CCGUGUUCAGUCUGAGGUUUAUCUUCUUGACUUUUGCCCCCGUUGCCCCCUCCCCUGUUACCCCCACCGCCAGGGCUCCUUGCUAGCCGGCUAACUAGCUGCUAUAAAGCGGCGGCUCCUCUCCGAGGCUGGAAGUGACAGCGGGAUGAACGAUGGCAUCGGUUCGGGUGGCAGUGCGGGUCAGACCCAUGAACAGGCGGGAGAAGGACUUGACUGCGAAAUGCAUCAUCAAGAUGGAUGGAAACAAAACCUCCAUCACCAACCUGAAGGUUCCUGAUGGCGUGGCCGCCGACGUGACGAGGGAUCGAACCAAAACCUUCACGUACGACUUCUCCUACGACUCAGCCGACUGUCGGAGCUCCACGUUUGUUUCUCAGGAGAAGGUCUUUAAAGAUUUGGGCUCCGAUGUACUCAAGGCAGCGUUCGAGGGCUACAACGCCUGCGUCUUCGCCUACGGUCAGACGGGCUCCGGGAAGUCCUACACCAUGAUGGGAAUGCCGGGCGACGCAGGUCUGAUCCCAAGGAUCUGUGAAGGUUUGUUCAGUCGUAUCUCCGACACCACGCGAUGGGACGAAGCUUCGUUUCGCACAGAAGUCAGCUACCUGGAGAUCUACAACGAGAGGGUGAGGGACCUACUGAGGAGGAAAUCCACUCAGACCUACAACCUGAGAGUCAGAGAACACCCGAAGGACGGACCUUAUGUAGAAGAUCUGUCCAAACACCUGGUGCAGAACUACAGCGACGUGGAGGAACUGAUGGAGGCCGGAAACAUCAACCGUACGACCGCCAGCACUGGCAUGAACGACGUCAGCAGCCGCUCGCACGCCAUCUUCACCAUCAACUUCACGCAGGCCAAGUUUGAUGCGGAGAUGCCCAGUGAAACCAUCAGUAAGAUCCACCUGGUGGAUCUGGCCGGCAGCGAGCGAGCCGACGCCACCGGAGCAACCGGAGUCCGGCUGAAGGAAGGAGGAAACAUCAACAAGUCGCUGGUCACCUUGGGCAACGUCAUCUCAGCUCUAGCCGACAUAUCGCAGGACGGCGUGAACACCAACCUGAAGAAGAAGUCGGUGUUUGUUCCCUACAGAGACUCGGUGCUAACGUGGCUGCUAAAGGACAGCCUGGGCGGGAACUCCAAGACCAUCAUGAUCGCCACCAUUUCUCCCGCUGACGUGAACUACGGCGAGACACUCAGCACUCUUCGCUACGCCAACAGAGCCAAGAACAUCAUCAACAAACCGACCAUCAACGAGGACGGUAACGUCAGGCUGAUCAGAGAACUGCGAGCUGAGAUCGCCCGACUCAAAGCUCUGCUGGUCCAGGGCAACCAGGUUCGGGUUUGGUACGAAUGUGAUCGGUUGUUGUGUUGUCGUCCAGGUGCUGUCAUCCUGCUCGGACGGACCAACAUGUUUCGGUUCAACCACCCGAAGGAGGCGGCGAAGCUGAGGGAGAAGCGAAAGAGCGGCCUGCUCUCCACCUUCAGCCUGUCCAUGACCGACCUGUCCAAGUCCUGUGAAAACCUCUCCACCGUGAUGCUCUACAAUCCUGGUCUCUUCACUGAGAAGGGCCCCGUCUUCCUCAGGUUGGAGUUUGAGAGACAGCAGCGAGAAGAGUUGGAGAAACUGGAGCUGAAAAGAAGGCUGAUCAAGGAGAUGGAGGCGAAGCAGCAGAGCGAGAAGGCAGAGCUGGAGCGCCUCCAACAGGAGGUGGAGAGUCAGCGCAAGGAGUCUGAGGAGGUGCAGCAGCGGAUCCUGCAUCAGGAGGAAAGCCUCCGCCGCCGCAACCAGGACAUCGAGAGCCGGCUGCAAGACUUCCUGGCCGAGAAGGAGCGCUUUGAGGAGGAGAGGCGCUCCGAGAUCCAGGGAAUGGAUGCGGAGCAGCGGCAGCGGUGGAGGCAGCAGCAGGAGGGAGAAGCCGAGCAGACGGAGAUCUACCGGGAGCUGGAGCGGCUGAAGAGGGAGCGCCAGGAGCAGAAGGUCCGGCUGGAGGCUGAACGGCGGCGGCUGGAGGAGCAGGAGAAGGAGCAGCUGAGUCUGGUGGGGCGGCUGGAGGACCAGCUGAGGGAGAAGCAGGAGGCCGCCUCCGUCCUGUUGACCGGCGAGGACAGCCGCCGCCUGGAGGAGGAGCGACGAGCCCUGGCGGAGAUCAGAGAAGCCCUCCUCCGGGCCAAGGAGGCUGCGGAGCGGCCGGACGCGGAGGACGCCGGCGAGGAGGCGAGAGCCGCCCAGGCUCGAUACGCCGACUUCAAGGAGGCUCAGGUGAAGGAGCUGGGCCGGUUGGAGGAGGGGCUCCGUCAGCAGGGGGAGCGCCUGGAAAAGGAGGUCGCUGCAGAGAGGAGCACUCUGCUCCUCCUCGCCCACGGCCUCAAGGAACGGCAGCAGCAGCUGAAGGAGCGGCAGGAGAAGGGGGCGCAGGACGCCACGGCGGUGGUCCAGGAGGAGCAGCUGGUCAAACAGGCCGAGAACAGGCUCCAGUUUAAGGAGCGGCAGCUGGCCAACCUGGCCGAGGGCCUCCUCCCCGCCCUGGCCGAGGAGAAGCAGAGGGCCCUGGAGCUCCUGGAGCGCAGCGGAGGAGGAGGAGGAGGAGGCAGCAACGGGAACUACGAAAGUCCUCCCGGUCUGGACAACACCCUGUACCAGGUGGAGAAGGAGCUCGAGGACAAGGAGGAGAAGCUGAACCUCCACUGGCACAGCGCCCAGCAGCUCCAGCAGCUCCAGGAGACGUACGAGUUCACGGCCAACGUGGCUCGGCAGGAGGAGAAGGUGAGGAGGAAGGAGAAGGAGAUCCUGGAGUCCAAGGAGAAGCAGCAGAGGGAGGCGAUGGAGCAGGCGGUGGCCCGGCUGGAGAGGAGACACUCGGCCCUGAGGCGCAGCGUCUCCCUGGACCCCGAGUCUGAGGAGCAGAGAACCAGGAGCUCCGUCAGGAACCAGAGGUCGGGGGUCGACCUGGACCAGCAGAGAGUGGAGCGGGAGAUCCAGAAGCUGCGACAGAGAAUCAACGAGGGCGACGAAAACAACAGGACUCACUCGAUCGGCGGCGACGAGAAGACGAGUCACAACAGCUCCCCGGUCGGCCACAUCCAGAGUCUGAACUCUCUGCUGCCGCUGUCGGACGACCGGUUAAAUGCGUACAUCGAAGAGGAAGUCCAGCGAAGGCUACGGAAACUGAAUCUUCUGAACGGCAGCAGCAGCAGCAUGGACCUGUCUCUGUCCUGCGAAUCUCUCGGAGAGGAGGAGGAAGUUAGCGACUGUAGCUCUGUUAGAUUAACAGAUGAGGAUGAUGAAAAGCUGCAGAACAUUAACCCGAGGAGGCUGAAAUAUGAGAAAACCUGCGGGUCUAGCUUCCAGUCUUACUUGGAGUUGGAGGCAAUCUCUCCUCCUAACGUCCAGGACAAGAUGCUUGAAGGACCAGAGCGCCGCCUUAUAAAACUCCACGAGUCCACAGCUGAAACCGGUCCUUACAAAGACGGUGGCAAAGACAAAUUGUGGGCGGGAGAAGGGAAUGUCCUUCGAGGGCAGGUGGCUCGGGCUGUUUCUAAAUUUGACCGUUGUGGACAAGACGAGUUCUGCGUCCUGUCGGCGAAAAUCCACACGUCUGACGAAAACGAGAACAUCGCAGAUUCUACUUGCUUCGUCCCUGAUGGAGAUAAAAGGGAACAACCGCCGGCUAAAGGACGCUCUUGUUGUUACACGAACGAAAACGUAAGAAAGAGAGGAGAAGGUGAUUCAUCCUCAAAGCUGCUGCCCUCUAGAGGUCAGAAGGAUACGGAACAGGAGUUGACUGAAUCUGUUCCUGGUAAAACAAAACAAGAGACAGAUGCAGGAGAUGAGGAAGUGGCGACAAACAGGGGCUAUGUUUUGGGCUACUUUGCCAGAAGGUUGUCCAGAGUGUAUAAAGAUGCCGGUAGAAGGCUGCAGGACACACGGGACAUCAUCCGAAAUGUUCAACUCCCAGAGAUGAAGGUUGUCCUCUCUCAGUAUGUGACCAUGGUGUCCAAAGACCUGCCGCUGAUCAGCCGAUUACAGCUCCAACAAGAGCCACAACCCAGCAAGCCAGCGGAGAAGAAAGUUGCUGCGGUGGAGCUGGAUUGUUCCCCGAGUCUUCCCCGACGGGGAGGAACGUCGGGAUGGCCCGAGGGAUCCGUGUCCUCCAUCAGAAACGCGAGUCCUCAGGUAUUUCAUCAGAGGCUGGUUGAGCUGCCGCCGGCUUUGUCUCAGUUACAGACGUCUUCAUCCCAGGACAUCGUGAAAAAGUUAGAAACGAUGACUCCUCAAAUCCAAGUUGACGAGCUGCUGAGCGUCUUCUGGCUCAAGGCGGCGGAUGGAAAGGAGCCGAUCCCGAAACCGGCCUGUUUGCUUUUAUCAGAGAAGGACCUGACGGUGCUCUCUGCUGGCGCCGAUUCCAGAGACGCCGUGAAGGUUUUCCACCAUUUUAACUUGCGGGACAUCAAGGAGGUCCAGGUUAGUUUGGCGGGGCAGCACGUCCGAAUCUUCAGCCGCACCGCUGCCACCGCCCUCGCCGUCUUCACCCACAGCAAAGAGCUUACCCAGGACUUCUGCAAGGCUUUACUGAAGGCUCUGUCUCCUGGCCAGUUCUCUGAAAGCCACCCCUUACUCUCUGAGGACCUCAUGCUCCUCUCUCUGGACUGGACAUCCAGUGUCCCUGACCUCGUCCUGGACGCCGGCCUGUCCGUCACCUCCAGGUUCAAGCGGGUCCUCGCUGACCUGCUCUACAUCAUCCACGGGAACAUGGAGGGUCCCGGUCGACCUUCCCUGGCCAACAUCAGUCCUCUGCUCUACACCAGCGUCCGGCUCGAGAACCGGACCCGUGUCCGCGUGGACCCCAUCUUCCAGUUCCUCCUGACGGACACUCACGUCGCUCUCCUCCGAGAGGACGGCGUUUUUCACCCUUCGCCACGAGGGUCGAGUCUGGUCCCCGUUCAGCCUCAGUUUCGGGGCCUCGAGCUUCGUAAACGCUCGGACAUCAGAUGCCUGCUCGUGAGGCAGAAUGAAAACUGUCUGGGAGUGGAAAUCGUGUUCGCGCAUCAGAAGCCGCAAGAUCUGAAAAGGAAGCUGGAGUCCCGGCGUAACUCCGCCUCUCAUGAUGGCAAACAGAGUGACUCCUGGGAAUUAGCCUUCAGCUGCACGGCCGAAGCUUUGAUGUUGAUUGAUCACCUGACUAAGCACCUGGUGUCUCGUCCUCGCUGGAUGAGCGGCGACGGCGUCCAGGAACCCGUUAAAAUUAGCAUUCCUCGUUACGUUCUCCGAGGUCAGGGGAAAGACGAGCACUUUGAGUUUGAGGUGAAGAUCACGGUGAUGGACGAGACGUGGACGGUGUUCAGACGCUACAGCCGCUUCCGGGAAAUGCACAAGAGCCUCAAACUAAAAUAUCCAGAGCUCGCAGCGCUCCCGUUCCCACCGAAGAAGCUGUUUGGAAACAGAGAUGAGCGAAUUAUCGCAGAGCGCCGGAGUCACCUGGAGCGUUACCUGAGGAGCUUGUUCCGGGUGAUGUUGUCGUCCUCCAGCUCCCCCCUCAGAGCCGACGUAGACGCCGGUUUCCAUCUUUCCAAACGGGACGUCUGCGAGUUCUCGCCCUUCUUCAAGAAGGGCGUCUUCGAGCACAGCAGCCACGGCACCGGCUGAACGCAGAGAGAAUCUAGAACAAACCCAAAUCAGACAAGACUCUGGGUCCUGAGGAGGAGGAGGAGGAGGAGGAGGGGAAACCUGCAGGUCAGUUUCCUGACGGAGGCUUCAUCGUGAACGUCUUUCCAUGGAAGCUGCAGUCAAAUAUGAACUGUUUAAUGUUUCAGCUUCUGAAAUGAAAUGAUUUUUCCCGUUUUUCCACGCCAGCUCGUAGAUGAACAUUUAGAUGCAAAUCACUUGGAUAAUAAACAUCUUUCUUUUUAUAUUCAUCAACUAUUUUCUGCAGAAACUCCAUUUAAAGCUGCUAAGAGUCUUGUUAGCCGACGGGACAGGUCUAAUUCCUGGAUGUGUCGAUCCAGGCACUUUGAUUUAAUGUUUUGUAGAUGGACGACGAUGAAACACAAAUGUCAAAGUACAACUAAAUCUCAGUCGCUAUUAUUAUCGUUAGUACUGAUGAACAUGAACAGCCAGCGCUACUGAGAUGAGCUAACUGACACUAAAUUGCUUAUUUCAACAAAGCACUUUUCCUUUUUUUUUUGUCAGAUAUUAAUGUCAGACUUCUACCUCAUUCAGAGGAGACAUCAGAUCAUUAAUCAGAGCUGUUAACGAUCUGAUCUUCUUCUAUGAUUAAAGAUGUUUAAAGGUUCA